UCAAUCAUAACAGCCAAUUUUAGCAGCCUCGAAGAAACUGCAGGAAUUAAGUCCAUUCGAUCCAAAACUUUUGUUUGCGAUGGAUCUUUUUCAGAGUUGCCGUCGAGGUGACCUCGAUCGAGUCAGAUAUCUUGUGGAGAACGGAGAAACGGAGUUGAAUCUACGAGAUUCCUGGGACAGUACACCGUUAUACUACGCUUGUCUUUGUGGACAUCAUGAGUUGGUGGAAUACCUGUUGCAAAACGGGGCCCGUUGUGCUCCAAACACAUUUGACGGGGAGCGCUGUUUGUAUGCGGCGUUGACGGACAAGAUCAGAAGCCUUCUCAAGAGCUACAAGGCUAUUACAUCUGAAUGCAUGAGACGAGACUCCUACAGAGAAUUUCUGAGAAGAUGCCUGGAGGACUCACCGCACGCAGAUGUAUGCUUCAUAGUCCAUGGUGUCCCUUUAGCGGCUCAUCGUUUGAUUUUGUCCGCGCGCUCUUCAUACUUCGCUGAAAUGUUUAUGAGUAAAUGGCGUGACCGUCCUAUCAUCGAGUUAAAGAACAAACUGGUCAAACUGUGGGCUAUGCGGGCCAUUCUUCAAUACUUGUACACCGAUCGAGUACACAUCGAGAAAGACAAAAUUGACGAUUGCAUCCGACUAGCUAGGCAAUGUAAACUGGAAGAUCUCAAGACGCAGCUCGAGAUAAGACUAAAUAGCAUAGAACUUUUUGGAACGUCCAAAACAAAAACUCGAGCAAUAACAGUGGUCAGCAUCGAACCGGAGUCCAGAUCCACAAGCUUGCAAGAUGCAUUCGCCCAUCUAGCAGAGUCUGCCUUACCCUCUGCGCUGGUGUCUCAGCAAUUUCCAAGGCAGUUUCCUUUUGAGAUAUCCUCCGAUGUCUUUGAUGUUUCAGUUGUCUGUGAUGAACCGCCGUUGUACUCCGAUGUGUGUUUCGUCGUUGAGAACCAAAGAUUCUACUGCCAUAAGGUGUUUUUCUGCGGAAGAAGCGACUAUUUUCGAGCGUUGUUAGACGGCCACUUUUCGGAGUCCACCUCGCCUGGUAAACAGUUGUUUAGUGCGUCUAUUCCUGAAGUUUACCUCAAUGAUGUAACAUCAGACGUGUUUGCGGCUGUUGUAGCUUUUAUUUACCAAGAUGAAGCUUUGGUAACUGAAGAAAACGUUUACAGUGUACUCUGCUUUGCUGAUGUCUAUCUUCUCGGCGGCUUGAAGCGCCUAUGUGCGCGUGUGAUAAGCGCGUUUCUCGACACAGAAAACGUUUUGACGGUUUUGAGGACGGCUCGUCUCUUCAACCUGCCAAGGCUUGAAGUGGACUGCUGUGAAUAUACAAGUAAACAUCUAGAAAUGUUUCUUGAUAACGAAGAAUUUCAUGCGCUGAUUCUGGAGGAUGCGUCUUCUGUUCGAGAUCGCCAACAGACGGACUCCAUCCCUGUUGUGGACGACAUUCGCUUCCAUUUGUACAAAGGCGUUCUACCCAGUAUCACGUCAGAUGAAAACGAAAGUGGACAAUUUGACAGUGAAACAAAACUGAUAAUGCUCAAUGAUCUGUUGGUUAAUCUUGGUAUCGAAUGCUAGACAUAAAUCCAUCGACAAAAGCCUCAAUUUCUUUCUAAGUGUUUGGGUUUUUUUUUUUCGAUGAUGUGUUAGACGUGUGUGCAUCUAAUAUUAAUACCAAUGGCAAUUCGCAAAAAAAGAUUUUUAUUUAAAGAACAAUCCCAGGGAUCGAUAAACUCUCACUUUAAACUGCA